CAUAUAUGUACGGAGACUCUUUAUUUUUGCAUGUUCUUUUACUAUCAGUUGACAAUUAAACUUUCUUGAUCUGAGUAGAACUAACUAGAAUUAUGGCUGAACAAGCCAGACCAAAAGGACGUGCUCGUGGAAGAGCAAGAGGCACUGCGUUACUACCCGAAGCGGCUGCUGGGCCCAGAGGCGUGGAAAGAAUGCCCCCACAUCCUCCUGAAGCUGGAGAAGGUGUCCCAGGAUCUGGGCGGGGUAGACAACGUGGGGCUAUGAGGGCAAGAGAACCAGGUCCUCGGGGAGACGUAAUCGCUGAAGCAUCGAGAGGCAUGGGCAGAAUGACCGUGUCUGGAAGGGCACCUGUGAUGUUGCUUGGGCCCAGACGCAACUUUGACCCAUCUCUGUUCGAUCCAGAGACUAAACCAGAGCACAUUACUAACAAGAAAGGGUGCGAUGGCAUGACAGUCGACAUAUUAACGAAUUAUUUCAAACUGAAUGCAUCGAAACAGUGGUGUUUGUAUCAGUACCGUGUGGACUAUGAACCUGACGUUGAUCACAGAGGGGCUCGUAAAGGAAUGCUGCGGGAUCAUCAAGAACUGAUCGGAAAAACUUUCAUAUUUGAUGGAACAAUGUUGUACACUCUACAACGCUUACCUGAAAAGGUGAAUGUUGUGCACUCUCAGCGAAAAUUUGACCAGACAACGGUCAAGUUGACCAUUGCUUUGACCAGUGAGCUGCCUCCUAAUUCACCAAUCUGCAUUCAGCUUUACAACAUCAUAUUCAGGGCAGUUCUUGCUAAGCUUGGCAUGAAACAAGUCGGUCGUCAUUACUAUGACCCAGGUGCUGCCUUUUCAGUUGCAUGUCGUCAAGUGACUUUUGAGCUGUGGCCGGGCUUCAUAACGAGCAUCUUGAAAUACGAGAACAAUGUGAUGUUAUGUGCAGAGGUUUCACAUAAGUUGAUGCGUAAGGACACUGUUCUUGAUGUGAUGAAUGGAUUGCUGAAUGAAUGCAGUAGAAGAGGAAGAAAUUUCCACGAAGAAUGCCAGAAGUUUCUAGUUGGACAAAUUGUUCUCACCAGAUACAACAACAAUACUUAUCGAGUGGAUGGAAUAGAAUGGGAUCUCAAUGUCAGCAUGAAGUUCAAGAAAGGAGAAGAGCAAAUCUCGUACUUGCAAUAUUAUCAGGACCACUACAACAUCAAGGUGAAUGACAAGCAGCAACCACUUCUUCUCUCUCGUCCGAAGAAACGAGAAGCUCGACGUGGUCUUGAAGUGAUUCAUCUCGUACCUGAGCUUUGCACUGUUACCGGACUUACUGAUGAGCUUCGUUCCGACUUUCAUACCAUGAAGGCAUUGGCAGAGCAUACCAAGCAAGGACCGACCAAGAGAGUUCAGGCUCUCUCCAAUUUCAUCAAACGCAUUUCUGGAAACAAGGAAGUAACUGAACAUCUGAAUCGCUGGGGUCUUCGCUUCGACAAUGAUCUAAUUAGCUUGCAAGGAAGAACACUUCCUCCAGAAAAGAUCAUGUUUGGGAAGCAAAAAAUCUGUGAUGGAGGGCCGCAGGCUUCUUGGGACAGCCAGUUUCGCAACUGCAAGCUAUUGAGAACAGUUAACCUGGAAUGUUGGCAUCUUAUUUGUACUGGAAACGAUGAAGGAACGGCAAAUAACCUCGUUCAAAAGAUGAUAAGUGUAUCACAAGCAAUGGACUUCAGGAUGUCGCGUCCCAAAUUUGUGACAAUUCGUAGCGACAGGGUAGAAAUAUUUCGUUCUGCUAUUCAAGAUAUUGCUUCGGAAUCGAAAAACUGCCAGCUGAUUUGUUGUUUACUGCCGAGCAAUCGAAAGGACAGAUACGAUCAAAUUAAGAGACUUUGCUGCGUUGAUUUGCCCGUACCAACCCAGGUUGUUCUUGCCAGGACCUUAUCAAAGCCACAACGUGUGAUGAGUAUUGCUACGAAGAUUGCUAUUCAGAUCAAUUGUAAACUUGGGGGAGAGGCGUGGGCUGUUAAUAUACCGCUUAAAGGUUGCAUGAUAAUCGGAAUCGACACUUAUCAUGAUUCUGCUCAGAAAGGCCAAAGUGUUGGAGGAUUCAUCGCCAGCAUAAAUCCCUCAUUUACAAGAUGGUAUUCCAACACUACUUUUCAACAAACUGGCACCGAAAUGAUUGAUGGACUAAAAAGAUGCUUCAGUGGAGCUUUGAAGAAAUACCAUCGUGACAAUGGACAAUUGCCUGGAAAGAUAUUCGUUUUUCGUGAUGGAGUUGGAGACGGACAAUUGGAAACCGUACGAGAGCACGAGGUGCCACAGAUGUUGCAGUGUUUGGAAUUGCCAGAAACUCCAGAUUAUAAGCCCAAUUUCGCAUACAUUGUGGUAAAGAAGAGAGUGAAUGCACGUUUUUUCACCAAAGGGAGACAAGCUCUCGUCAACCCACCGCCAGGAACGAUUAUUGAUGAUGUCGUAACCAGACCAGAAUGGUAUGAUUUCUUCGUUGUGAGCCAAUCUGUUCGUGAAGGAACUGUGUCACCCACUCAUUACAAUGUGAUAUUUGACAAAUCUGGCCUACAACCAAACCAUAUGCAAAGACUUGCGUAUAAACUGUGCCAUCUUUACUACAACUGGCCGGGUACUGUUCGUGUCCCCGCUCCGUGCCUUUAUGCUCACAAGCUGGCUUUCUUGGUUGGACAAAGCAUUCACAAGCCACCUUCUCCGGCUCUCCAGGACAAAUUAUAUUUCCUUUGAGGAAAUGGUAUACGUUGGUAUAAGUUUCGGUUAAAGCUUUUUUUCUAUCUAUCAUGUACACAGUUUCUUUCAAGUUCAUUCCACAAUUAAUUUCCUUCAGCACGUUAUGAAAAAGGGUGGAUUUGGUGAUCGGGAAGUUUUUUUCUCCGAUGUUAGGUGAAAUUUUUGGAACAAGGAAUAAUUUGGUGAUUUUUGGAUUUAAACUUCUUUUUUCUUUCAGUUUUUAGUGCACUGUUCCUAUCUGACCACUGUUUCUUUCAUAAGUUUUCAAUAAAUUGUAAAAAUGCUCAA